UAUUAUUUCCCAUUCAAUCCCACCAUGGCCAAGUUCUUCAACAAAGUCAAUCAAGCCAUCAGUGAGCGCGUGCUCUCCGCCGAGAAGACCGAGCUCGAGGAGGAAUUCAAGUCGUACGAAAAGAAAACCGAUGCCACUGAGGAAGCCAUCACCAGCGCCAUCAACAAGGCAGAACAAUACUUGCAGCCCAACCCGACUGCUCGUGCCAAGUUCAACGUGACUCAAAAGUUCAACAAGGCGACCAGCAAAUACCCACAACCCGAGGGCGAGCUGGGUGACUCGAUGAUCAAGGGCGGCCGGGCUAUCGGCGAGGAUGCCAACUUUGGCCAGGCGCUUGUCAUUGUCGGCGAGGCCGAGAAGCAGAUUGCCGAGGCGCGCGAUGCGCUGGACGCCGAGGUGCAGUCCAACUUUUUGAUUCCGCUCAAGGAGUUCCUCAAGAAGGAGAUUAAGGACGUGAAUUUCCAUCGCAAGAAGCUCGAGUCGCGCCGUCUUGAUUUCGACUACAAGCGCCGUCGUGGCCACAAGGGUGGCCAACCCGACCCCAAGGCAGACGAGGAGCUGCGCAUUGCCGAGCAAAAGUUCGAAGAGUCAAAGGAGCUCUCGUGGAAUGGCAUGCAGGCGAUUCUCGAGAACGAGGCCGAGCAGGUCAGCCAGCUCAACGCAUUCGUCCAAGCACAGCUCGCCUUCCACAACACGGCAGUCGAUGUGUUGACUCAGCUCGCCCAGUCCCUUUCGGACGUUGUCCAGUCAGCCGCCUCGCGCCCCAAGUCAGAGCCCCGCUACGCUCGCACCGCUCCGGCCGAAGACACGUACGGCAGCUCGUCCUAUGGUGGCUCGUCCUCGUACGCUGCCCCCGCCAGCAGCGCGUCGUCUGGCAGCAAGGCCUACCGUGCACUGUUCGAUUUCGAGGCUGAGAACCCCGGUGAACUUACCUUCCGAGAGGGAGACACCAUUUAUGUUUCAGGGCGUCUGGAUGAGAACUGGCUUGAAGGCUCGUGCAAUGGUCAAUCUGGCAUCUUCCCUGUGCAGUACAUCGAGUACAACUAAUGGACUACGACUUGGUGCUUGUGUGCAGUGCUUGUGUGCAGUGUCAAGGUGGUGUUGCUGGUUUUUUAUGUUGCUUUUCUCUUCUUAUUCUCUUUCAAAAAAAGUUCGAGCGAUUGGAAGCAGCGCUGGCGUGUGUUUCUGCUGUGUUGCAGUGUGUUUCAUCAAAGUACAUGAUGGUUGGAUCGU